AUGCGGAAAGUCACCGUUGGAAUCGUCUCGAUCGGAGAUAUGGGUCUGGGGAUGGCAAGGUUGCUCAAAGCCCACGGUUACCGAGUGGUCACGCUUGUGGAAGGAAGAAGUGAGCAUACCUUAGCGCGAAUCCAGGCCGCAGAAAUAGAGGCGUUGCCAUCAGACCAAGAACUAGUGGUGCAGGCGGACUACAUUUUAUCCAUUGUUCCUCCUCGGAGCGCACUUGUCACCGCGGAGUGUAUCGCAAAGGCUCUCCGACAGCCAGAUACAGUGGCGAAACGAGAAGCGCUAGAAGAGGUGAAUGGCCAACCGAGUCGCAGCCCACUCUACUUCCUGGAGCUCAAUGCCACACCUCCCCGAUUGGCGGAGGAGCUGGCAGCACUGUUUGAAACAGAGGCGGAAGUGGCCGCGUCCAUCGGACCAUCGGCUCGGUGCCACUUUGUCGACGGGGGAAUCAUUGGGGGCCCGCCGUCUCAAAAUUCGGACGGGAAGUGGAAGAAACCCAGCGUGAUUCUCUCGGGUGCAGUGGACCUACCCUCCACAUGGGCAGCGUUGGCUGACGUCCUAAAUAUGAAGAUUGUGUCCGAGCGGAUUGGCUCGGCGUCCACUCUGAAGCUUUCUUUUGCGGCGCUGACCAAAGGCCUCACGGCCUUGUCGAUCCUAUCUUUCUCCACUGCGCAACGUGAGGAUCUAUUGCCUGAAUUACUGGAACAUCUUCAGCAGUACUCUCCGCACACGGCUGCGUUGGCCCAGUCCGGAGUGAUUGCCAUGAGUCCCAAGGCCUACCGAUGGGUGGAUGAGAUGCACGGUAUCGGAGAAGCCUUUGACCGAGAAGGUGGAUGGGAUGGCGUUGGUAGUAGCAUCUAUGGAGGGAUUGCAGAAAUCUACCGGACCAUAGCCGAAGAUACCCUUCUUGGCCAGGAACGCGUCGAGUCGCGGCGGCGCGGGACAACCGUGGAGGAUGCCGCCACGAUCAUAGCAAGGCGUCAGAAUCGGACAAACGUUGAGGAGGAUCACGACAUCGGACCUAUGUCAUAG